AUGGUCUCUCAUCGCAACCUGCCCGAGAGGAAGAAUCCUCUCCUCGAGCCCACCGAUGCCACAGCCGUCGAGAUUCUCAUCGAGAGACGUCGACUAGGACAGACGAACCUCGGUGUAAAGCCCGGCGUCAGUGGCCUUACCAAUGCGACCAAGCCGGAGAACAUGGGCACGUUCGACUACGCGCAUUUGAGGGUUCCAUUGCCAAAGGACCUGACAGGAUCCGGCAUUUUUACAUUGAACAAGACCUCGGCUUUCCCCGAAUCUUACUUCCUGAUGCGACGUAGCAGCGACGGCUACAUCAGUGCCACAGGCAUGUUCAAGGCUGCGUUCCCUUGGGCCUCCCUCGCAGAAGAGGAAAUGGAGCGCAAGUACCAAAAGACGUUCCCUUCCGCGGGCGCCGAAGAAGUCGCCGGAAGCGUGUGGAUUGCGCCUGAGGAGGCUCUCGCACUGUCUGACGAAUACUCUAUGCGUCAUUGGAUUGAGGCACUUUUGGACCCCGCGCCGAUCGAGAAAGGCAACAAGGAUAAAUCAAACACCCACAUUCAGAUGCCUCCCAAAUUCGACGUCGCGAACGCCACACCUGCGACUCUCCCCGCACCUGGUCUUCGCACAACGCGCGCGCGCUCGGCUCGAUCUGUAUCACCUAGCAGAGGCGCAGCAACCCCCAGCCGAAAGUUUGCGACCCCACGCAAGUCACGAUCCACAAGAAGUGCGAUGAAACCUGAACUCGCCAAGGCUGACGAGGUCGUUACUCCAUCGAGUGCUCUGCAAACUAUCAUUGCCAACGGCGCGACACCUUCCGAGUCAGUCGCGUCAUCUGUCGAUGGCGAGGUCAAGGAGAAAGAGGUGGCGGUCGAGAGGACAGAGCCAGAUGUCAAAGAGGGCACCGUUCACAUUGAAGUCGAGCAGACUGUUGAGACUAAUGGCGACACCGAAAAGACGAGCACUAAUGUCACUGUCGAUGUCCCACACAGCCACGCCGCACUUCCUGAGCCGGAAGACCCUACCGCCAUGAUCGAAGAGGCCAAGCGAAUGGUCGCAGAAGCACAAAGGCUAGAUGGCGCAUCGUCAUCGCAGGUCGCCAAGUCGACAAAGCGUGGAAUUGAAGAUGUCUUGGACGUUGAAGAUCUCGCCGAGGAGCGCUUGAGCAAACUUGCAAAGGUUGCAUACACGACCGAGCAGAAGAUGACCAAGGAGAAGGUUACACGGAGAGCGCUGGUUGGCGUAGGUGUCAUGGCAAUCAUCGGCACCGCCUUCCAAUACUUUGUAUAA